GUGUCGUAUCUACCAAUACAUAUCUGUGGGACCGCCAUCUUGUUAGCCUUAACGGGUGGGCAUUCAAGAGCAUUGUUUUUUUCUGACAGUUGACUGCUUGCUGCAAGCAUGUGGUAUGAAAUUCUCCCCGGCCUUGGCAUCAUGGCGGUGUGUCUGAUCAUUCCCGGCGUUGCCACCGCACAGAUCCACAAAUUCACCAAUGGUGGAAAGGAAAAAAGAAUCGCCAGGGUUCCCUGGCAAUGGUACCUGAUGGAAAGAGACAAGCGGGUGUCGGGAACGGGACGCUACUUUGACUCCAAGGGACUCGAGAACAUCCACUGAUGACGAAGAAGGAAGUUAUUUGUUGUACAUUAAAAAACAGUUCUAUUCGACA